GGGAUUGGCCAGUGCGGCGCCCAGUUACCAGCAGCAGCACACGAAGCCAUCGCCGCUGAGAGCCUCCGCCAGCAGUUGGCAGCUUAGUAAUGCAGCAUUCAAGUCGCGCCUGCAACAGCAACAGCUACUGCAGCAGCACCAGCAACAGAUACAGCAGCAGCAGCACGAGGAGCAGCAACAGGAGCAGCAGCAGCAACUGCAGCAGCAGCAGCACGAGGACGCAGCCCAACAGGAAGUGCAAGCGAAUAGGGAGGAAAGACGUACUGACAAAAAUGGAGUCCAUCCAGGUGCCAAAGGAGCUGAAAUCGCUGCUGAGCUGCGGUCAAUGCCAUCGCCCGUACGACCUGGCCACCGGUCUUCUGCCCCAGGAGCUCGUCUGCCAGCACAGCUUCUGCAAGAAGUGCGUGCAGAGAAACACCGACCACAGCUCGUCCGAGUGUAUCUGCAAUUUGUGCGGAUAUCGCACGCAGCUGCAUGGCCAGCAGCUACCGCAAUCCGUGGCCAUCAUGUAUCUGCUACGUGAGCUGCCAGCUUUGAUUCUGGGCAGGGCCAUGUUGGAUUUCUCGUACAAAAAGAACAGCACUAUUGAAAUUUCUAGUGAAGAAGCACCCAGCAGCCCGUCGAAAAACUGGGUGGAAGACAUCAACGUGGAGAGCUUUCUGGCCACCAGUAUGGAGCACUGUCUCAUCCAUGCCAUGCCGAACUCUACGUGGUGUCACACUUGCCAGCGUCUGCUGUGCCGCGCCUGCUCGGAUGUCCCAUUUCAUCAGCACCACGUCCUGGUGCGCAAGGUUGAUUACCAUGACCUUAUCCGCCAACUGCUCAAUUUCGAAAUGGAGAAGAUCAAGAGAACGGCUGUCCAUGCCAAAGAGUUGGCCACCCGCGAAAUGGAUCUACUACUCGAUCUGUGCGAAGCGUGCCACCGCGUUCAGUUGCAUGUGAAGCGUGAGAUGCUGGACCACCAUCCUAGCAUGGUUGCGUCCUCGAUGAUGGGUUGGCAUCGACUAGCUGAGCGGGAUCUGCAUCGAGCCGUUAGACUUACGGGAACAAAAAUGCUGCAGGUGCUCGCCCACUUGGCCUCACAGCGGCACAGAUACGAGAGCCAAUUGGACCAAGUGCACUUUCAGUGUCGAAUGCAAGCCGCAAUCCAGGAGAACGGGAUGCAGGUCCUGGACUUUGAGACUCUGAAUAACAGGAUCGCAUGGCUAUGCAGUAAUCGUCAUCCCGGCGCUAUUCCCGCCAAUGUGGAGCCACCGCAGGCGCUCAUCCUCACCAACUACUGUGUGUACGCCUACUGGUGCGAGAUGCAGCGCGAAAUGAUUACUCCAAGCCUUAGAAAUCUGAGACCGAAUCCAGAAUUACUGCCGCAACCCCGACGAGCUGUGGUGCCUCCGCAUUUCAAUAAUAGCUUGCGGGAGGUGGAGGUUCUGGAUUGUGUGCAGCAGAUCGAAAACCAGCAGUUUCGAACGCUCAGUGAACUUCCGUAUGAUGGUUCACACGAAUCCUCCUCGUCGCCGAACAGCAGCAGCAGUAUAAACAGCCAAAGCAAUUAUAUUGCUCUGGACAUGGAAUAUGGACUUCGAAAUUUGGUGCGCCAGCUGCAACAGCAGCCGGAGCAAGUGCAACAGGAACAGCAGCAGCAGCAAGUGCACCAGCUGACCCACCUAAUUCACCAGCCAGAUGCGAUCCUCGCCAACUCGGUGGAGCCGCAGCUAAUGGGUCAACAAAUCCAGGAUCAUUAUCAGCAGGAUGGCGGUACUAGUUCAUCGGUAAGCAUUGUGCGCCAGCCCAUCGUUCACUGUUACCCCAUCUACUUUCUGGACAUGGAAAUAGCAGGAGAACUGGCCGGGCGGGUCCUAAUUGAGGUGCGAUCUGAUGCUGCUCCCCGGAUGGCGGACAACUUUGGGGCGCUGGUGCGGCACGAACGGGGCUACGGCUAUCGGGGCUGCACCGUAUUUCAGGCCUGGGGAGGCGAGAGCAUCAUCACCGGCGACUUUGAGUCGCAGAACGGACGCGGGGGGCACUCGGCCUUCGAGAGCAGAUACUUUUUGCCAGACGAAACGGGAUUGCCGGCACAUCGGGGAACGGUUGGUAUGCGCAGGGGACAGCGGCGACAGGACAGGAGUGGAUUUGUGGGCAGCCAAUUCCGGCUGGUGCUCAACGAGAUGCGAUCCUUCACCGCCAUUUUUGGAUUCAUUGUCCAGGGCAUUGAGCUGGUGGACCGAAUUGCGGCCAGUGGCAAUGCUUUGGGUCGCCCGGCCCUUAGGAGCAUCAUCCGGAAUUGUGGGGAGUACCAUUUAAGCCGAUAAUAAGUCCGACUGAUCCAUUACCUAAUCCUACUUAUCGAACAACAUCAAACCGAAAGCUCACACACUUUGAAUGUACAACUCCACCAAAUAUCUAUUUUAUUCUUGGAAUGCAAAUCUUGGUAUGAUUUUGUAAUAAUAAACGCACUACUUGGAACGAUCAAUGUAAGACAGUUGAAAGUCGACAUUUUUAGCAACGCAUACAAUUGAGGUCAGCAACAGAAGCCAAUUUUUUUAACAC